CGAGCCGAUGGGAGCUUGUCAACAACUGCUCUGAGGCAGCAGAAGUGUCAUUUGGCUCGGGGCAACUUUGCUCAGAUUUGUACUCACACUUCCGCUUAAAGGCUUAUACAAUCAUUAGUUUAAUAAUUAUGGAUUAGUCCGGCAAAGUGAGGUAAAGCGAUUAAGUCAUGGAUAUCAACCAAAUUCCAUAAAUGUCUGACAGUGAGGUACAGUUGUCAGAAGUUGGCUAGUUUGGAGCUAGCUUCACCUGCUAACGCCAGUGGCAGACAAGAGAUUAAUUUAGUUUAGCAGGUUUACUGAGCUGUUUAUUCUUCGCUAUCUUAAAGCAUAGAAGGCUGUGGAGGGACCUACAAUGGAUCCGUUUGACAGUCGCAAUUCAGAGCGGGCAAACCUGCCCAGAAACAUGAUAGAAAACAGCAUGUUUGAAGAGGAGCCUGAUGUUGUUGACUUGGCCAAAGACUCAACUUCCUUCCCCUCAUUUCCUCCCCUGGACCCUGAUGAUGUGGCGUAUGAACCGCGUAGCUCUCGGCUUCUUGUUCGUGGCCUGGGAGAAAAUGACUUGGACGAUGAAGAGGAGGAUUGUGAAUCUUCUGCCCGACUCCUCGGCAUGUCCUUUAUGAAUCGCAGCUCAGCUCAGAGAGUUGCUGCUUCACCUUACACGCGCCAUUCUCCAUCCAGAUCCUGCUCCCGACCCUCAGCACGCACAAUGGUUGUAUGUGUGCUCCUAUUGGUUAUAGUUGUCUCUAUGACCAUGGUACUGUACUUGUUACCAGAAUGUACUUUUACCAAGAACGGAUGCCCUAAACAAAACAAGACCAGUCCCUCAGAGCCAGUCUAUCCUAUUUCCACUAAUGGUGAAGUGUUUCCCUGGGCACAGUUGCGACUGCCACAAAGUGUACGGCCCCUCAGCUACGAUCUCACCCUCAACCCAGACCUGGACAAAAUGACAUUCACCGGCCAUUCUGUCAUCACAAUGUUUGUACGGCAUAACACCAAACACAUUGUUCUGCACAGCAUGAAUCUCAACAUUAAUAAAGCCACAUUUAAGCUUGGUGAUGAGAAGGCCACUACUGUAACUGUUCUGGAGUUUAAACCAAAACAACAAAUAGCCGUUAAGUUCACAGAGGAGCUCAAGGCUGGCCAGCUCUGUGUUUUGACUAUCGACUAUUCUGCUAACCUGUCUCACACUUACGAUGGAUUUUACAACAGCUCAUAUACUGACAAAGAAGGAAACAAAAAGGUGCUGGCUGCAACACAAUUUGAACCUCUAUCGGCAAGAAAGGCGUUCCCAUGCUUUGAUGAGCCGUCUUUCAAAGCCACUUUUCUUAUUAAAAUCAGUCACAAAGCAGACUACUUGGCUCUCUCCAAUAUGCCCAAGGCAAAAACAACAAAGUUAUCAAAUGGUUUGGUUCUGGAUGAAUUUGAAACGACCAGUGUCAACAUGAGUACUUACCUUGUAGCUUUUAUUGUUGCCAAUUUCACACCAGUCAGCAAAAAUGUCUCCAAUACCUUGCUUUCAGUUUACUCCGUGCCAGAGAAAAAGGAGCACACUGGCUAUGCUCUUGAUGCAGCCUCUAAACUUUUGGACUUCUAUAACAACUUCUUUGAGAUUCCCUAUCCCCUCCAAAAGCUUGACUUGGUAGCGAUCCCAGAUUUCCUGGCAGGUGCAAUGGAAAACUGGGGUUUAAUCACCUUUAGAGAAACAAGUCUUUUGGUGGGCUCACACUCGUCUGCUCUGGAAAAACAAGUGGUUGGCUCAGUUGUAGCACAUGAACUUGCACAUCAGUGGUUUGGAAACUUGGUGACUAUGAGCUGGUGGAAUGACCUGUGGUUGAAUGAAGGCUUUGCAACUUACAUGCAGUAUACCUCAAUACAAAAUGUUUUGCCAGAGCUGGACAUCGAAAAUUUGUUCCUGGAUGUGCGGUUAAGAGCAAUGGAGAAAGAUGCUCUGAACUCAUCUCAUGCUGUUUCCACUGAGGUCAACACACCAGAGCAAGUGGAGGAGAUGUUUGACUCUGUGUCUUAUGAAAAGGGAGCCUCUAUUCUCCUAAUGCUGAACGCCUCCCUCCCAGGAGACCAGCAGUUUAGGAAAGGGAUCAUACAAUACUUGAAACAAUUCAGUGGACUAAACACAUACACAAAUGACCUCUGGAAUAGUCUCACACAGGUGGAGCUGUCCUCACAACAUCAGAAUGUGUCUGAGAUGAUGAGUUUGUGGACAUCACAGAAGGGUUUUCCUCUUGUCACAGUCAGUCACAAAGGAGAUGAAGUCAACCUAUCCCAGGAGCACUUUUUACUAACAUCCGAUAAUGCCACACAUUCCUCCAGUUUGUGGCACAUCCCUGUGAGCUACAUCAACAACAGCUGUAGUUUGGCUGCUGAGUGCAGACAACUGUUCACCCUAAAGACAAAAUCAGAGACAUUAAAGUUGCCAGAAAAGGUAAAGUGGUUAAAGUUGAAUUACAAAAAUACUGGCUUUUACAUUGUCGACUAUGGAAAAGAAGGGUGGAGUGAACUCUCUGAUGCCUUGGCAAAUAAUUACCAAGUACUAACAAGUGAAGAUCGAACAUCAUUGAUACACAACAUUUUUUCCCUCUCCAGGCUUGGACGUGUGUCAUUUCAUCAAGUUCACCAGCUCCUGAAAUAUUUGUCCAAUGAGACUGAUACCACUCCAGUCACAGAAGCGUUAUUACAACUUAACACCAUUUACAGACUGCUUGAUAAGCACCUUGAGCAUGAACUUGGGGCUCGUUUAAAGGGGUAUAUUCUCAGUCUGUUUGGAGCUUUAAUUCAGAACCAAACAUGGGGUGAAAUAGAGAGUGUAUCAAAACAAGAACUGCGCUCAGCACUGCUGGAGACAGCUUGUCAUUUUAAUGAAGAAAGUUGCAUUAAACAGGCCAAAGACAUUUUCAAAAACUAUGUUGAAUCUAAUGGGACUGCAACCAUCCCUGGGGAUUUGCAACAAGUUGUUUUCAAUGUAGCUGCACAGUCAGAUGACUGGUCUACUCUGUUGACUCUAUACGGAAAAGCAAGCUAUGAUUCAGAAAAAAGAAAAAUGCUAAAGGGCUUGGCCUCUACCCAAAACCCUCAACAGAUUAUUUGGAUUUUACAGGAAGGACUCAGAGGUCAAAUAGUUCAGACUCAGGAGUUGCCUUUAGUCAUUGGCACUGUGUGUAAUGGCUUUGCUGGUUACUUGUUUGCUUGGGAUUUUAUUCAAGAAAACUGGGACAGGCUUAUAGAAAAAUUUCCAGUUGGAUCAUUUGCAAUUCAAAGAAUUAUCAAGUCUGCAACCUCUCAGUUUUCCACUAAGACACAUCUUGACCAGGUGCAGAGUUUCUUUUCCAGCCUGAAGGAGCGUGGGUCCAGCAUGAGGAGUGUACAAGAGGCUUUGGAGACCAUUAAACUCAACCAGCGCUGGAUAGACACUAACCUGGCCUCGCUCAGAAAAUGCCUCUAGUAACUUACUCCAUACUGGACAUGUUCUCAAGACAAAAGCAGAGUUUGCACUAUUGAAGGCUAACGUCCCAGUCCCCUUCUUACUCAGGCCAGGAACAUAACCAAAGCCUAAGUUAGACUUUAAGACCUAGUCUUGAGGUAAACAAGGUGAUGUUGUUGACGUUGGCCCUUUUAGUACUAGAUUUUAGCUCAGGGCGGCCCUUGAUUGUGUGUCUGAUGGGCUUCUGUCAGAUCCAAUUCACACUCCUCACACUUUAUGCUGUUGACCAAUUUGCUCCUGUGUUAUUCUAAGCUCAGUAUUGUGUCCAACCAGACAAUCACUAAAACCUUAUCCAUAUGUGUUGAAUAAAAGCUACACCUCAAAACAUUAGAGUUACAAUGAGCACACAUGUGUUAACAGAAACAGUGCCAAAUAUACAGAUAUAAUCAAACACAUGAAAAACAUUCAAGCCACUGAGUUUCUCACAAGUAGCACUGACAACAAUCUUUUUUUAACCUUAGUAAUAGAUUGGUCAUAAAAAGCAACCUUGGGUUGCAUUAGUUGAAUGUAAUAAAGCCACCUACUGUGCAACGUGUGCUGCAGUGGAGCACAUUUAACGGCCAUCAUGUCAUCUCCAAACUCACAUUAGCUUUAGCAUUAGCUGUCUUCUUUGAAAGGUUUCUAGUUGUAAACCACACUUGCAUUUCUAAUGUAAAAACCUGUAAGUAUAAUGUAAAUAACCUGAACAUCUUUAAUUUAAUAAGUUUAAUAAUAAGAGGAAUCAGGAAGUUGAUCACAAGUGUUGGGCAAAUACUUUUACUCCUAACUUAUGAUGCCACACAGUGAGCCUGUUGGCAUAUGAAUGUGUCAAGGGCUUUGUGUAUAUGACUGGUACAUGCAGUACCAAGAAACUUUACUUUAUAGAAAUGCCUCUAUAUUUAUUUUGUUGUGUAUUUUAUUGUAAGUAUAAACGUAACAGCAAACCGUGCACACAAUGUUACUUCUGUCUUUUAUAUUAUUUUGUAUUGUUACGCUGGAAAUCAAAUUUCAAAACUUUCUGUUGCACUCCCUCAGAUCAAAUUCUAUGAAGGAUCUAGCAUUGCCCGUGGGCCGCACUUUGGGCUUCUUGCUCUGGUCAUUUAUAAAUUGGCCAAAAUUAGCCCAAAACCUUUAUGUUGAAUCCAGUGUAACUGUUUGUUGUAAACUGUUACUUACAUUUGAGGAUGUUUUUUGUUGUUCAUCAAAGCCCUUGGAUUAGGGACAACAUUGUGCUGCAGCCUGCAGAUGUGCAAACAUUGCUUUUAAUUUAUGAAAUUUGACAAUAAACAUGUUGGUACACAUUCA